AUGCUUAUAAGGAGCUAUUAUUCCGAAGGCACUAUACUAUCUAGCAUCUACUCGAAGAACUCGUACUUAGCACCUCUGGGGCAAUCCGGCGAUGGGGGCCUUCUGGGAACACCUCAAGGCAUAGGCUACAGCCACAACUUGAUCGAGGCAGACGCGUCUGCAACGAGACACGAUCUCUACGAGACGGGAGAUGCGUGGACAGUCGAUAUUGAGCUCUUCAAGCAGAUGUACAACUCUAUGCUAGAAGGCCAAUUGAUCACCGCAAAAGACAUAGCACGAUACAAGGUCCUGCGCUUUAAGCAGAGCGUCGCUACGAACAAGUACUUCUAUCAUGGACCGUACACCGGCGGUAUUGCAAGCAGUGCAGGAUACUUGUCGACACACGAGAUUCUGAAGUCCAUCUUCGGCGUCGUGGAUCAUCCUAAGCCCUUCACCUACACCUUCGGAUGGGAAAGGAUUCCGUACAAUUGGUCUCGAAGGGCUGGCGACUACAACUGA